AUGGGGCUGCGGGCCUGGCUGCGCUCGCUCGGCGGCUGCUGCGGCUGCUGCGGGGGGGAGGCGGCGCCGGCCGAGAAGGAGCCUUUGCUCAGCAACAACAACCCCUACGCCUCCUUUGGAGCCACACUGGCACGGGACGAGGAGCAGAACCUCUGGAGUACCCCUCACGACGUGACCCACAUGGAAGCGGAUGAUGACCGGGUGCUGUACAACAUGAUAGUGGUCAGGAACCAGCUGGACAAGGACUCAGAGGAAUGGCAAAAGCUCAACUAUGAUAUUUAUACCCUACGGCAAACCCGAAAAGAAGUAAGAAGCAGGUGGAAACACAUUCUGGAGGAUUUAGGUUUCCAGAAGGAAGUGGACUCCCUUUUGUCAGUGACCAAACUCAGCAUCAUCAGUGACUCUCAGAACAUGAGCAAAGCCCGGGACAUCUUGUUAAAGCUCUCUGAAGAGACAAACAUCUUCCCAACAAGCUGGGAGCUUUCUGAGCGCUACCUCUUUGUGGUGGAUCGGCUCAUAGCUCUGGAUGCUGCGGACGAGUUCUUCAAGAUGGCCAGUGUGGUGUAUCCAAAGAGACCCAGUGUGGAACGGGUGGAUGACAACCAGAAGGCCGCACAGCACAUCUCUGUCGCGAUGCCCUGAGGAACGUGCCUCACUGGUAUAAAGUGGACAGCGGGUCUUUUUCCCUCUGGCAUCGGGCUCCUCUGCCAAGGGGUUAGCACCUGUAGUGCUGCUCCUUGUUCUCCUGCAGAGAAGCGAGUGGGCCGGCCAGGGCAGAGCGAGGAGGUCAGCGAGCCAUGCCCCGCUGGGAGGGCACGAGGAGGCGGGUGCUGACCCUAAGGUGCUCCCAAGAGGAAGGGAGUGAGAACUGCCCUAGUGUAGUGCUGGUGAGAGAUCACUAGCUCAGUAGCACAUGCAAUAGGCACAGGGGAACCCACAUGCAAGGUGUUGCUACCAGUAGCUGCAAAAGUUGAGAUGCAUCUAGUUACAAGCGCUGUGAGGAGAUCCACAUUUCCACCUUCCGCUGGUACCCCCCCAACUUCCCUCACCCCUGCUAGCUGGAGCAGCCAGCGAGGAAGGAAAAAUACCUCAGUCAUCUACAACUCUGUGAUGUUUCUCUGUGCACUGGUCCUCUUCUUCAUCCCCAGCACGUGUCAGCCCCGCUGAGCAGGUUCCAGGGGAUUUGGCAAAGAGGAUGGAGCAGCACAUAACCAGGACAGGAGUUAAUGGCGGGCAGCAAAGCCUCUGAGCAGCGUUGUGGUUGGGUGCUCUGUCCUCAGCCAUUAGUUGUUUGGAGGUGUUUGUGUUGGGGAGUACUCAGCCUGACAUCUUAAAGAAAGGUAGAUUUUAGGAAAGUGCCAAGUUCAGAACUGCUGUGAAUUAGUCUCCUGUCAUAUCCUCAGAUCGGUUGCCCAACAUCUUAAUUUCUGAAAGUCUUAAUUGCAUAAGCUCUACUGCUGUAAAGCUGCAUAUCCUGUCGAUAUAUACCAUCCCUGCUGUUAAUGAGGACUUUUAAUGAACAUCUUUUAUAUCCUGUAGUUUUGUCUGAUAAUGAGCAAUAAUUUAAAAACACUGGACUGGAUCAUUUGAAAACAAGUGUAAGUUCUUCGCUGAUUAAUAUGUGCUGCUAGUUGACCAAUUGAAGAUGUUGGUUACACAAGACCUCCCAAAAUAGCAGAGCUCUUAUUUGUUUAUACCUACAGUGUUUGAAAUAUCUGUAUUUAUGAGUUGUUUGUCAGUCUUCAUGGGAAAUAUUUUUGU